AUGUCGAAACGGAAUGACGGAACAAAUAAGCGUAGUUUAGAGAAUCAAGAAUCACCCGAUUUUACGACGGAUGACAUGAUAAAGGAAACCUACAAAAUUAUUCUCACAAUGCGAAAACAAAAAGAGAAGAUGCGCGAAAGAAAGGAGGACGAAUUAUCGGGACUGUUCGGGCUGCUCGAGGGUGGGUUGCACCCACCCAACAGCCCAUUGUCUUUGGAAAGUAAAUACAGAGAGGUGAUGAAAGAAUGUCAAGAGGUACAAAAGAAGAACGCGUCGUUGGUGGCGCAAACCGAAUUUUUAAGGGCACAGAUACAAAUUUCAAAACAAGUUAUUGACAGCAUGCAUUCUGUACAUAAUCUGAACAACACUAUCGAAGAUCAAACGUUUCAAAUUUUCUCAUUGGAAAAUAAAUUACUGAAAGAACAAACUAAGAAAUUGGUCGCACAAAAAAAGGCUUCAAUGUGUAAAAAGCUCGAACACCCGAAGAACAGAGAAGUUGUUGUGAUCGAAUAA